AUGCUGAAAUGGUGGUUCUUCAUCUGCUUGGUAUACUGGGUGAAAUCGGAUGAGGAGGAAGAAUGUCCUGAAUUUACAGAUCUUAAUAUAGGCAAUGCUUUGUCUGGGACAGAACUGCAUGUCCAGCUACUGCUAUACACAAGGGAAAAUCCAAAUUGUUCUGAGAGACUCAUUGAACAUAAUGUUACUGCAUCUGUGUACUUUAAUACCUCCAGGAAAAUUGUCUUUGUUAUUCACGGCUUCAGACCAACAGGAUCUCCACCGGCAUGGCUAGGUGACAUAAAGGAGCUUUUACUGUCUUCAGAGGAUAUUAAUCUCAUUGUAGUUGAUUGGAAUCGUGGUGCUACAACUGUGAAUUACAUAACUGCUGUUGAAAACUGCAGAAAAGUUGCAGAAAUACUGAAGAACUAUGUUGACCAGAUGCUGGUGAACGGAGCUUCUCUUGACUCUAUGUAUAUGAUUGGAGUUAGUCUUGGGGCUCAUAUAGCUGGUUUGGUUGGCCAGAAGUAUAAUGGCAAACUUGGCAGAAUUACAGGUCUUGAUCCAGCAGGCCCUUCGUUCACCCGAGAACCACCAGAGAGGAGACUGGAUCGUACUGAUGCGCAAUUUGUUGACGUAAUCCAUUCAGAUACUGAUGCACUAGGUUUCAAGAAACCUUUAGGAACCAUUGAUUUCUAUCCAAAUGGAGGAAUGGAUCAGCCUGGUUGUCCACAAACAGUAUUCAGCGGACUUCAGUAUUUUAAGUGUGACCAUCAAAGAUCUGUCUUCCUCUUCUUAUCGUCUUUGAAAAGAAGGUGCAACAUAAUAACAUAUCCUUGUGACUCUUACUUGGAUUACAAGAGAGGAAAAUGUGUUGAUUGUGAAGCUUUCCGGCCAAUGUCCUGUCCAGUACUGGGUUAUUAUGCUGAUAGAUGGAAAAAACUGUUAAUCCCAAAGAGUUCACCGACGAAAGCUUAUUUUGAUACCUCGGACCACGACCCAUUCUGCAUGUAUAACUACUUACUGGAUAUUACUACAUGGAAUAAAAGCAUUAGGAGAGGUUUCAUUAAAGUUAAAAUAACAGAUUAUGCUGGAAACACAGUAGAGUCAGAGAUGAAUAGUGAAGCUUCAACAUUUCAGCAAUAUAAAAGAGUCAAAAUAGUAACUGGAUUUUACCGAGACCUUGACAAAAUAUCGAAAAUUUCCUUGACCUUUUCUACGAAGACUUUAAUAGGCCCAAAACACAAGCUUAGGAUCCUCCAGAUGCGGCUGAAAUCUCUUAAUAAUCCAGAAAGGCUGCAGCUGUGCAGAUAUGAUUUUGUACUGAUGGAGAACACGGAACUGACCUUCAAACCUAUCCCUUGCCCAGCGAGGGGUACAUGA